AUGGAUCUGCGUCGUAACGCCUCUCUCUUCCUCCUCUACGCUUUCUGCGGCCUCUUAGCUUCUGCAUGGGCCCACACCCUUCCGGCUCUCAUCGAUUCCCGUGAUGAGCUCUCGGUAUUCGGAGAGAUUGUUCGCCGCUUCCCCGCCCUAGUUGGGAACCUCACCGCGGCAGGAGGAACCGUCUUCGCCCCCACCAACGACGCUAUAAGAGACUUCCUCAUUCGCGAAGCAGGCGGAUCCCCAGCUGUCGACGCGCUCUCCGAAGACAUCGUCAACGACCUCCUCUCCUACCACAUCCUCCCUCUCUCACUGCGGUCCGACGACCUCGGAAUUCCAGGUGGCGUGGUGGUCGAGACCAGCCUCUUGGACGAGCAGUUGGCCAAUCUGGAAGGAACGCCCAAUGUCGUGUUCGCCAGUGCCUUUGGAAGUACCGGGCAGUUGGUUGAGCGAGGUCGCUUGAGUAUCUUCUCCGGUGUCGGUGAACCAGCAGCCGUUUCGGUCCCUGAUUUGGAGAUCGAGGGCGGUGGGAUCCUGCACAUUAUCGACAACGUCCUCAACUUCCCGCGAACGUGCACGGAUACCGCGGAAGUCGCUUCGCUCUCCACUCUUCAAGCCGCUCUUGAAACCACGAAUCUCACAACCGUGGUCGACACCACGCCCAAGUUCACUUGCUUCGCACCAACCGACGAGGCCUUCGCCGCCGCCGGUAUCGAUCUCACUCAACUCUCCACCAAGGAAAUUGAGGAUGCGCUCAAGUACCACAGCAUCGUCGGUGACGUUGGGUACUCGACCGCCUUCGAGGACGGGCAGGAGUAUCAAACUCUUCUCGGAGUUCCUGUAACGGUUUCGAAGCGGGAUGGCAACCUCUAUAUCAACGAUGUGGCCGUCGAGCAAGCGAAUGUCAUCAUGACCAACGGAGUGGCUCACGUUUUGAGCGGGGUUCUCGUUCCCCCCGCUGGAGCAGUCCCUUCGGACACUGGCUCUGAUGGAUCAGGCGAUGGAGAAGGAGGGGGAAGUGGAUCUGGAUCCGACGAUGAUCCAAACGACACAGAUGGUAGCGGUGUUUCGAGAACAGGCGUUGACCUUUUUGCACAGGAUAGCGAUGGUGCGGAGAAGGGAAAAGAGGAAGGCCCUAGACGUGGUGAUGAAGAUCGAAAGCGACCGUUGCCGCCCGUCGACGACGAGGAGUUUCGAAGAGACGCCCGCAUAUGGGGGUUGUAUCUCAAGGAGGCAGGCGAAGAAGCCAAGGAACAGGUUGAACUAUGGAAGACGGGCCUUGAAUCAUUGCUCUUAUUCGCUGGUCUGUUUGCUGGCGUGGUCGCAUCUUUCCUGGUAGAGUCGCGCAAGAAGCUCCGUCUGGAAGAUCAGGAGUUUCUGUUGAUGGAGAUUCGAAACGCCCUUCGAAACGAACCUCCGCCACUUGAAUCGUACGAGCCAAAGGCCAUAGACGUUUGGGUCAACGGCUUGUGGUUUACCAGCCUCCUCACCACCCUCUUCGGCGCAAUUGUGGGGGUCCUUGCACGGUCUUGGCUCAUUCGGUUCAGCCCCAUUAACACCCGACAAGAGGCGACGGAAGCCUAUAAACGCUGGAUGUUAGACCAGAGGUCGGAGAGGUGGAGGCUUCGGAAAGUUAUUACAUUCAUUCCGCUCUUGGUCCAGCUCGCGUUCUUCUUGUUUGCGGCUGGUGUAGGCCUUCAAGUGCUGGAAGACCAUAGGUCACUAGGAAUCGUCGUUCUGGGUGCAGUUUCUGUCUCGAUCAUUGUUUAUCUCGUGAUCAGCGCUCUUCCUCUGUUCUUCUCCCCGGAUUCUUGUCCUUUCCAAACACCCCUGUCCGACAUCCUUCUCGGCAUUCGGAACUUAUGGCGCCAAUUGACCUCGAAGGACUCGCCGCACGCUCCACACUAUGACUUCGAUGCCAGGCACGUUGCGAGCACCCUUGCAAAGAUUUGGCUAAGGCGCCUAAUCAAGUCCCCCAAAUCGGAUUUCGUCGAUGAAGCCGUGAAGGAGCUUAACCGUAAGUCACUCAAAGACGAGCGGAUACAGUUCUUUGCCGAGGCAGACGAGGUUGCAGCACCCAAAGUCAUCCUUCGCCGUCUGCAGGAAUGUAUGCUACCAGAGCACGCGGACCUUCACCGACGCAACGACAUUAUCUCCGACCAUUUGGUCGCUCUUGCGAAAUUCGCUGACUACGCCGAGUCCCACGGCAACGAGAACCUCAAAAACGUUUUAUACAACUCACUGAGACGCGGCCAACCACUUGGCCAAUGGACCUUCUUCCCCGAACCUGUCCGUGCCCUAGCCUUUAGCGUUCGAGCUCCCCUCUUGGCGAUGUUCGAGCGGGACUUCCAAGAAAGUGAACUUUUCGAACAACCGUGGAGAAAGACUGUGCUGUAUAUGCAGCCAAGACACCGACAUAUCUUUUUCUUGGCGGCAUGUCGAGGACUGGUACAAGGCGCGCCGAUUUUGCGCAAGGUUAGCGCUUUUUCGAUCGGGCUUUGUCUUGCCAACGCUGCAAGGACUGGGCUGCAAAGUGAAUGGAGCGGCGAGAUGCAGCAUAGUGAACGAGAGGCCAAGCGUUUAUGCCCCGCUGAAGAGUACCCCAUUGGAGACGCAAUCAUUGACUCAAUGGCAGAGAUGGCGACCAGAGAUCCCGACGAAGUGGUAGCAAGGUCUGCCCAGUUGGCGGUUCUUGGACUGGGGUUGGAAGAUAUACGUCAAAAAAUGCUGGAUGCGACGCUCUCACGGAUUGACAGAGCAAGACCAGGACAUUGUCUAGAACUUAUUCAACUAUUCUUGCUUGAUGUCUCUGUAAGAGAUACAGCAAUGCGAUCCAUAGCCCCACUGCUGGUGGAAAUCUUCUUCUACGGGGCCGACCCCUGGGCCGGUCAGGCGGAACACAUGCUACUAUCACUGCUUGAUGAUGGACCAGAAACGGUAUCAGAGGUUAUUUCGUGGGCUGUUAAGGAAAAGAUCCUCUCGGGACUACAACAGGAGAACCGCAAAUUCCUCCUCGCAACUUUGGAAGGGAUUAAAUGUUGCUUGUUACGCAGACACCCCGGUGAUUACUACACGUGGGGCGACAUGUUCCGUACCCAGAUGCAGGGACCUUUCCUGGAGAUUGCUCAAAUUGCUUUGAAGGAUUCGGAAAAAGAUGUUCUUGUGAUCGCGAAGACUGUACUGCAACUGCUCUCUACACAACUGCAAGAUGACCAACAACUUGCUACCGCUGUGGCGUUUCUCCGGGAGGAAAUUAAGAGCGCUUUAGCCUGGGACUCUACAUGGCCGUCUCAGGAGAGAGCCAUAGAACUCCUUCGAGCUCUCGUCAAUGAUAACGGCUUGUUUGACGGAUUGAUUGAGGAGCUCCUUCCCGAAAUUUCCGCGCUUUACAACUCCAAUCACCCGAGCAUAACAGUUAAUAGUGCUAUAAUCCAUUUUUUCACUGAUUUGGUUGAGAAGGCUAAAUUUCUCCCUCAAAUUCAAACGGCCCUUCCUCAGCAGCUCGACAGUAUCUUCAAUACCGUUGGCUGGCACUGUAGUAUCAAACUAACGGUUAUUUUACGAGAACUCGCUCUGCACGAUGUUGCCACAGCUUCGGGGCGCAUAGAUAACCUCAUAGGAAUCAUGGCCUGUGACAGCAACAUGAUGGUCACGAACGGGGCAAGGGAGUCGCUCAGGAUACUAGCAACACGAGAGGACCUGCGAUCCUUGAUUUUGUCAAAGGUUCCAGAAAAGCUCGAAAUCUCAGAUCCAGAGCUGGAUCACGCCGUCGGUUGGAUCAGGGUGUUGCUACUGCUAAUCGAAUAUCCGGAUACCAGGGGACCUUCAUGUACAAUAAUCGCACAACGCGUAACGAGGAAAGGAGUGAGAAUGCACAGCACCGAACAAGUCCGACGGCCGGGGUCCCUAGAUGCAGACUCAGUGCGAGACAUCAAUCAAUGUGAAGAGAUAUCCAGACUCGCUCUGGACCUCAUGCACUACCCCGAGAUUUGUGGUGAAGUCUUCCGAGCCCUAAAAGCGCUCGUUCUCCAACUAGGGAGCAAAUCGUCCAUGGCGUGCCUUGAAAACGCCAUACGAACGCAUCUAGGCUGUGGCUCGGAUGGUUAUGGCAGCCGAGAGGUGCCGACAGAGAUAGCUGGAGAGCUGGCACACGAAGAGGACCCUAUGUUCCUACGAUUACUCUUGGAUAUUCUGAGCUAUGCCAUCGAAAACCAAGAAUCAACCGUUUGUAUCGAGUGCGCAAGGGCACUUGGUCGUCUGGCGUGGAAUCCAGGCAAGAGUAGAGACGUCCUGACUCAGGUGAAAGCCGCCCAGGCUCUGGAGUCUUUGGCGAAGGUCAAUUGCCCGAUGACGCGAGAACACUGGGUCACAGCAUUAGAAGGAUUCAUUAUCCACGCCGACUAUAGUGAAGGACUACUAGCACUAGUCCAAAUGUCUCUUUUCGACGAGUUUCACACUGUUCGACAUACAGCAGUCCACACCAUCAAUGACCUCGCCCAUCACUCUGUUAAACUGGCGGAUUCUCUGGCAAAAUCUGCAUUGAUUAAGAACUUGGAACGUACAUCAAAGGACCCCGCAAGAGAGGUUCGUGAGGUAUGGCCGACCGCUCUCGCCUCGAUAAGCCUGCGCGUCAGCGACUUCAAAGAUGUCGCCAUUCCAGUGCUGGUAAGAAUCGCAACGGAAGAUGAACAUCUCGACAUUAGGAAGGAGGCUUCAAUCAAGCUGGGUACCAUUGCGAGCGACGCUAAAGAGAAGGAGUCAAUUGUUGCGCUGCUCGUCAAACGAUUCGAGGAAUUACUCAAGGACCCAGAUGUCGAAGUGCGAAUGAAAGCACUCUGCACACUGGAUUAUGGCGCGCUCGAAAAGGAUUAUUCAUUCGAAGACUGUAUUAAAGCUCUGUUGCCAUUGCUGUUGAAGAUAGCAACGACGCAUGAUGGCUCCGUAAUAAGAGAAACAGCCGAAAACCUUCUGUCCACCAUGAUUCAAGGCCGUCUAGGCUUGCAAGAUGCCUUCGGGGAAUUCGCCCUCACUGUCACUGGGAGCAUCGCUGCCAUGACUGAAAGAGGGAGGGGUGUGGCUGUGGACCUCGUUAAGAAAAUACCCUUCCUCCCUGAGGACAUUGUCCCUUCAACCUGCAGCACUUUGACUCCGCUGCUUGCACAUAACUGGGCAGACACGCGCUCAACGGCGUUGGAGCUAUUGGUUCUGAUUUACGGCAGAACUCAGAAUCGCGGCAGAUAUUCCCGUCAGUUAGGUCUACAGCUUCGGUCGACUGACUUUGGACUUGAAGGACUCCAGUUCAUCCAAUCUACAAUCCCCGAUGUUAUAAAAAUGGCCCUCAGAGACACUCACGACGACUUACGCGUCCGGGCCCUGGGAUUUCUAGUAACGCUUUGCAGCGAAGACGACUUUCUCGCAAAGAUCAAACCGUGUCAACCGCAGCUUAUGGCUCUUCUUGAAGUAGACAAUUUGAGGUCCCAGACUAUUGAACUUCUCUCGCAUUUGUCGAGGGACCGCGUCGUUCGUCGCUCAAUCGCUUUUUGGAUCAUUGAUCGCAUGACUUCCGAGAACGCAACUGGACAGGAUUUAGCCAUGCAACUACUCACAGUGCUAAUCAUGGACGACCGCCUCGAAUUCCACGCGGACCAGGGAUCCGACUAUGUUCUCAUGCUCAUAGCGGCAGCCAACCUACCCGAGGGUCAGAUAUCGCCGUACGGAUUUGGAAUCACCACAGGCCUAUUGCCCCUCCAGCAUCUGCUCUUUCCGGAGCGCUAUGAUUAUCCCACCCAUAUAGAACUCCCCGCUGAACUCGAACCGUGGUUCAUGUUUUCGGUCUUUGGAAAACACGUCACCUCACACGAAGUCCAUAGGUGGACCGUGGAGAUGCCGAAAUAUGUGGAACGGGAAACAGAGCAAUAUGAGGCCGGACUACGGGAGCAUAUGGAGAUUGGCCCAGCGCCGCGCGUGGUUUUCUAA